AUGGCUUCGACUACGAUUGAGGAGAUCGUGGCGUCCACCACUGCCGCGGCUCCCGCUGCUACCACUACCGCCUGGGAGGACCUUCCCCAUGAUAACAUGAUUGCUACCUUCAACGGCAGCAUUUGGAUGUUGGCCGGUCUUUCCGGUUUCUUCUUCUUCCUGAGGUUGUACUGCAAGAUCACGAGACAUCGUGGCUUGUGGUGGGACGACUACCUUAUGGGUGCUUCUUGGGUUACCAUCGUCAUCUCCUGCAUCUUCGGUUCCAUCUCCACCACCAUGGGUUUCGGAAAGCACAGCUGGGAUAUCGACAUGACCGGCGACGAGUGGCCCAAGACGCUCUUCAUCAUGAACAUGACGGGUUUCUGGUCCAUCUGGGCCGCCGCCUGGAGCAAGACCAGCUUCGCCAUGACUCUUCUCCGCCUGUCCUCCGCCGCCUCCACCAAGAUCAAGUGGUUCAUCUGGUUCUGGGUCGUCACCGUCAACGUUGGCCUGACCCUCGCUGCCAUCUUCAUGUGGACACAGUGCACGCCCACCAAGAAGGUGUGGGACUCUCGCAUCGAGGGAACUUGCUGGUCUGGCGCUGUCAUUGUCGCAUAUAACAGCUGGAUUUCAGUCUGGUCCGGCAUGGCCGACAUCGUCCUCGCCGUCGUCCCCUGGUGGGUCAUCUCGCGCCAGUCCAUGAACUUCAAGGAACAGAUUGGUCUGUUGAUCUGCAUGAGCUUGGGUAUCUUUGCCGGCCUCACUUCCAUCGUCAAGUCAACACCCCUCCUCAACAUCCUCGGCAUCGCCGAAGGAGCCGUAUGCAUCAUGGCCGCCUCCAUCCCCGUCCUGCGCGCCCUCCUCAGCAGCCCCAACCUCACCAAGGCCCGGUCCCAGGGCGGCUACCUCAGCCACGCCACCGGCAACCGGACCAACAUCUCCCAGGCCCGGCGCGACCCCCACGAGGUGCUCUCCGACGUCGACAGCGACAAGAUAAAGCUCACCCGCAUGGUGCAGGUCACGAGCGAGAUCAAGGAUCCCAACGGGUCCUCGACCAAGAUCCACGACGAGAGGAGGGACCCCGAGUGGUAG